AUGGUGGACUGCGUGGAGACGUAUCGCGCCUCGGCCGAGGGCAGGGACCUGCACGACAUCGAGCUGACCUACGCCAACCGCCUGCCCACUGUGCUCGAGGCGAAUGCUGCCGCCGCCGCCGCCACGUCCACCGAGCACAGGCUCGUGAAGUUGGCGCAAAUCAUUAAGCGCUUCCUUCGUGAGCUCCCCGAGCCCGUUAUUCCCACUGACUUCUACGAAAGCACCGUCAGCCUGGCAGGCCAAACUGAUCCCAGUAAGUCCAACCUCCUUUCCUCCGUCAGCAGCUAG